UAUCAUUGGUUAAUGAGUUCAGAUGGUGGAUGUUAACACAACAUAUUGUCACUCUACAUCAUCAUCAGUUUGCUACCAGGAAAUCCAAUUAAGGUGUCUGUGUGCACCAUGUAUUAUAGGGAGAGAUGCACUAUCUGACAACAAUACAGAGGAUAAUAGAUCUCACGUGAUGCCAGAUGAAGCCACAGCGACGUUCUCUUAAAAAAAAAAUCAAUGAGGCGUUAGAUAAUUUGCGACACUUUGUGGGUGAUAAAACAACCGCCACUGAAUUAGUUUUGUUUUUCCCUGCGCGGGGUAUAGUUUUAUGGUAAAAAUCAUGGGAAGGUUACACAACCUCCUCAUUGGCUCAGAAGUCAAGAGACCCCAUCAUAUAAAGCGAGGGUGCCUCAUCUAACAGCCUUUUCCCGCUGGCAAGCGUUUUGGAUCACACUUUGACUUCAGCUGACUGGAAAAUACCUUUUACGCACGGAGCGCUUGGAGAGGUCUCAUACAAGCGCACGACGACGAUCAUUUUUUUCGACGGAAAAGAGUUUUACAGUCAACAGAAAUUGUGAGCUGAGGCAUCUGAGUGGGCAUGUGGCUACUGGAGAAGCUCCGUAGCUCUGUGGAGAGCAGUGGGACACAAUCCCAGCCACAGACACAGGAGGCCAUCCCUGUUUCUGUUUAUGCCAAUGUCCUCACUCCAGACAAAAUCCCUGAUUUCUUCAUUCCCCCGAAACUUAUUUGCUGCCCACCAGAAGAGUCUCUUACCCCAGAACCUCAGCACUGCUCCACCUUGCGACCCUCCUCCUCUGACCAUGCCAUCUGCAGCCAGAGCCCCAGAGCUCGGAGCAGCAAGAACCCCUGCAGCCCUCGCCUCUUUUCCCGCCUGGGAGGGGACACACGCAAUCUCCAAAAGUCAGCAAACCGUCACAUCAUCCAAAUAGAGAGUGCUGAUGAGCCAAGUGUCGGAUCUUCGGACAGGGCUGUUGCUGAAGUCAACACCAAUGCAGACCCCCAGUCACAGACUGCAAUGUCUCUACCGUAUGUCCCCAAGGCCCAGACCUCCUAUGGCUUUUCGACCCUAGUUGAGUCUCCCCAUACUCGACGCAAGGAGAGCCUGUUCCACAGUGACCCCAGCAGCCCUCUUACCUCCCCUAACUCCCAGAGGCGCUCCCAAGGGGGAGCUCUCCUGGCCCCAGCUGACCCCAACCCCUACCGUUAUUUCAGUGGUGGAGAGAGCGACACUUGCUCCUCAGCAGAGUCAUCCCCCUUUAACUCCCCUCUCCUGUCCCGCUCUGCCUCUCUCCUGCGCUCCAUCACCCAGGAGACACAAGCCAAGGUAUCUCGUGCCAAGCGUUCCCUGGCACGCCACAGUUCUCUCUCCACUGAUGAAUGCAGCUCAGCUGACAAUAGCCCCAACAUGCAGCGCCGCCGCAUGCGCUGCCCUCCCUCUCCCGCCUUCCGUGGUUGUAAAAGCAGUGGCAUGAAGGGUGCAGCGUCAGACCUCCUGCAGCGCGAGCACACCAUCAAUCUCCACAAGGGGGGGACACUGAGGCUGAGCACCCACUAUGACCCAGAGGCAGCUCGGCUGAGGGUACGUGUGCUUGCAGCUGAGUCCCUUUAUGAGAGGCAGACGGACCUUAAAAGCAUCAACUGCUGCGUAGCGCUCUACCUAAAUCCUGGCAAGCAGCAGAAACAGAGAAGCACCAUCAUCAAGAAUAGCAGGAAUCCCGUAUUCAACGAGGACUUCUUUUUUGACGCACUACCUCAGGCACAAGUAAAGAGUCUGGCCAUGAAGAUAAAGGUAGUGAACAAAGGAACCAGUCUGAAGAGAGACGUGCUUCUAGGAGAGAGGGAGGUGCUGCUCAGUGAGCUGCUCGCAGGCCUCUAGGGAGCCCUUGUCAAGACUUUGGUGAAAACAAGCAGCUCCACAUCUUGAGGGCCCUUUCUUCUUUCUCUUCCUAUCCAUCUCACUUCACAGAUCUAAUAAAUACCGGACAGGUGAAAGCAUGCUGAUGACAAGGGAGUUGUAUCUUGCACACUGUGUUAUGUACAUCAAUAGGACAAAAAAAAAACAAGACAAAAAAAAAGACCUCUGUAGAAUUAAAAGUCCCACUUCAUAAAGUUGCCAUUACUAGCUUUUCUCAGAGGUCAGUCCAGGUCACACAAAUGGAAGCUGCCAUUAUUAACAAGCUUACCGGUGAAUUAGCAAUGUGAACAGUGGAACUGUGGUCCUUGUAUGUGUAUUUCUCUUUGAGUAUUGAGUUAAAAAAGGUGUUGCCUUCUCUGAUGAGCAUUGUGCUGUGGCUCAAUAUCAUAUCAGCUGUGAUGCAGUGAGUGAUGAUCUCGUUUAAGUGGGAGCUGUAUUUUUUGUAAUGAUGCAGUAAUAUUACAUGUGGGGUUCUUGCAUGUUCCUGUGGUAUUUGAAAUUAACAAUGGCUCUGUGUGCUUCACAGAUUAGAUUUUAAUUGCUGGUGGAUGUAAUGUUCAUAUGACUGCUGUUAUGUGACAUGCUUUCGAACUUCUAAAUAAAAACGCCAAACUCAUACUGA